ACUCCCCAGCUCUCAAGACCUCCAAAUUUGGUCUCUCCAUCACCAUGAAAAAUCACUUGGUGGCUGCCUCUGGUGAAUUUAUCGGUACCUUCAUCUUCCUAUGGGUCGCAUACAUGAUUGCCCAGAUUGCCAACCAGGACGAGUUCUACUCCUCCGAGGGUUCCAAUCCUGCCAAGCUCAUCAUGAUCUCCUUCGGUUUCGGUUUUGGUGUCAUGGUUGCCAUUUUCCUCACCUGUAGAGUUUCUGGUGGUAACCUCAACCCUGCAGUCACCCUGUCCCUGGUGCUUGCAAGAGCCAUUUCGCCGGUUCGUGGUAUUAUCAUGAUGUUGUCCCAGAUGGUGGCUGGUAUGGCCGCUGCUGGUGCAGCCUCUGCUAUGACUCCCGGCCCAGUGGCUUUUGCUAACGGUCUUGGCGGAGGAUGCUCCAAGAGUAGAGGUCUUUUCAUUGAGAUGUUCGGUACCACUUUGCUGUGCAUCACUGUUCUGAUGACCGCUGUGGAGCAAUCGAACCUUUCAGAUUACGCUCCAGUGUGCAUUGGUCUAUCGCUUUUCCUGGGUCACUUAAUUUGUGUCUACUACACUGGUGCCGGCCUGAACCCAGCCAGAACGUUUGGCCCAUGUAUUGCUUCCAGAUCCUUCCCUGUUUACCACUGGAUCUACUGGGUGGGCCCAAUUCUUGGUUCUGUUCUUGCCUUCUCCAUUUGGCAAUUUUGGAAAUUGCUCGAUUACGAGACUUGCGUUGUUGAGGAGGGAGAUUAGAUAACCCAGUAAUAAUAUGACUAAUAAAUGCCGUA